AGGCACGGUCCUCAAACGCCGCGUUCGGUAUCCAAAAUCUGAUUGGACAAUGGGAAGUGGCGUGAAUGCAAAUGAGGCGAUUCUACUACGACUUUCUGAUUGGGUAGACGGCCAUCAGCCAAUCAGAUACCAAAUUCCAACCUCAGUCAGACUAUAAAUAGGCCCAGUAGCAGCCCUAGAAAUGUGGUUCUCGUGUUGCUGCAAUUUGAUGCGAGGAGAUGUCUGGACGAGGGAAGCAGGGAGGAAAAGCACGCGCCAAGGUUAAGUCUCGCUCUUCUAGAGCGGGCUUGCAGUUUCCCGUAGGCCGCAUCCAUCGUCUGCUGCGUAAGGGAAACUACGCAGAGCGGAUAGGGGCAGGCGCACCAGUGUACUUGGCGGCAGUGUUAGAGUAUCUCACAGCAGAAAUUCUUGAACUGGCAGGCAACGCGUCUCGCGAUAACAAAAAAACUCGCAUUAUUCCCCGCCACCUGCAGCUAGCUAUCCGCAAUGAUGAGGAACUCAAUAAGCUUUUGGGCGGCGUGACCAUUGCCCAGGGCGGGGUCCUGCCUAACAUUCAGGCAGUGCUACUGCCCAAGAAGACUGAGAGUCACCACCAUAAAGCCCCAAAGCAAGUAACUUAAGGUUGUCAUUGAUAAAAAAUGACUUCUAAGUGUCAAAAAACAAAAGGCUCUUUUCAGAGCCACCCACUGUCUCAGAAAAAGGCUGUACGUUACAAAACGUUACUGCUGUUAACCAGCCAUCUUACUUGCCUGUCAGGAAUAAUACCCGUUUAAGUGCAUUUCGGGAAUGUACGGGGACUGAAUUUUCAAGGAGCGUUCCAUCGGCCAUUAGUUUGAGACAACUCCAUGCUGUUUGGGAUCAGCCAGACUUGACAAAACAUGCUGACACACCAAUCACGUGUCACAACACCAGACUCACAGACAACAUUUUCAUGGACACUGAGCCACUUCUGCUUUUAUCCUGUCCUCCUCCACUUCUAGCCUUCAGACACUUGGUGCCUCCCUGAGGAUACACCAACACUUCAAGACCACAGAGUGCACCUGGAGUCUGGCUCAGUAGUCCUGUGUCCUGAAAUAACUGCUCGACGUUCCCAGAGCCAGUAAAUGGGAUUUGGGACAUUUUUGUCAUGAAGUCACAAUGUGGGACUAUAAAUGUCUUGCCUUUAAGGGUAGGGUCUUCCCAUGACCCAUCCAUAAAAUUUGUGAAAAUGUUGUGUGUUGUACGUUUUGGAGAGAAGAAUUUUCAUUAUCUUCACAAAGGGAUCUGUUACCCUAAAAGAUUUAGAAUCACUCAGCUUAUUUGGUAAGAUGUGCCUAUUCUUUUAGACUCCAGGUGAGGCUUGAUCUCCAGUCUCAAAAGGAAAUAUAUGAUGUCAUCAGACCCCUAGUAAGGUAUUUCUGAAUGUAUGAUAUCAUUUCCAUGUAACUCACCUUGCUAAGUCAUUUAGAUCCAACCGACCAUCUUUAUUUCUGUCAAAAAUCUUCAUCUGAAAUGCAGAAGGGAAAAUGGUUGUACUUGUAACAGGAACUAAUUCUGAACGUUAUUAAAGCACUUUUCUAUUUUGCU